AUGGUAAACAACAAACAACCUAAUGAGCCAUUCAAGCUCCUUUCAUUAGACGCUGUACCAAAGGAAUUUAUUCCUGACAUAACUGCGAUAGAUACAUCGGUUACCUAUGGGAACAUUUUCUCAAAAAGUGUUGACGAUAGUGUUGAUGAUGAAAAAUCUCUCGACCUAAGCGAUUUGGAUGAUUAUGAGAAGAAAGAAACAGACAAAAGGUUGAUUUGGCCACUCAUCUGUUGGAUUUGUAGGAAUCCUAUAACCAAAUUAUACACAUAUAUCCUCUGCUCAGGGGUUUGUAAAAGAUCAUACCAUAUAAAAUGUCAUGAUUUUAUGAAAACCCACUUUAAUCAUAUUCUUUAUCAGAUGGUAGAAGACAAUGGAAUGAGUGAAUUGUCAUCAAACAAAACCCAAGCUACAACUUCGAAAGAUAUGGCACAAGGCAAAGAAAAUAUCAUUAACCCAGUUGAUAUUGACUUUAGUCCCAAGGAUUCUAGCGAACUCUAUAAACAAUACAUAGGUGAUUUACAAAAUGGCGAUCGGGAUAAAUCUAUACUACAGAAUGAACAUACUCCGUCACAAACAUGUUUUUUUUGUAAAAUAUCACAUGUUGGAUGUAAUGGAUGUAGACAAUUUUUUCCUAUGAAAGAUGCUGUAAAAUGUGCAAUCACAGAAUGUUCAACGUUUUAUUGUUUUCCGUCGUGCAUUUCUAAAACCAGAAAAAUCACUCCGGACAAAAGGGUAAUAGAGUUGCAUAUGAAAGUUUAUGGCAAUUUAGAUAAUCUUACGGAUUCCAAUGGGAAGCCCCUUUAUAUAUGUCAUUCACAUACAUGCUGGAGUUGUUACGACUGUGAUCGAUAUUCUUAUUAUUGGGAAAAUUUGUGGAGAUCUGAAUUAACUAAGGAUGAAAGAUUGACAGAAGCUUGGAAUGAUCUAAAAACUACGUGCCGAGGUAAAGUUGAAUCAUCAUAUUUUUUAAAGGGACGAAAGAUAACAAAACCUCAAAGAUAUCCAGACAUAAAGAGCUACCGAUCUUUUUUUCAAACUAAACAUAAUACGUUGGUGGACUAUAACCCACAAAAUCCAGAGAAUAUCUAUGCAUCAUCUGAUGACCAAGAACAUUUUCAAAAGGGCCCAUCAAAUACCCUUUUGAAGUGUGUUAGAUGUGAUAGGACAUGGUGCAUUCAAUGCUCUCACCCGGAUGUACAGAUUAUACCAAACUCUGGAAAACAAAUUAUCUGUCAUGACUGUAUACACAUACAGGUGGUAUGCACCCUGGCUCACAGUUCUAAAGAAACUAAUAGUCGUGUUGAUAUUUUGAAUAAAGAAUGUUCAAUGCCUACACUUAGGAUAACUUCCAGCCAUCCCCACGAAAUAUUUACACAAGUUAAAAAUUUUAUAACUGAACAAGCUGUGUAUGAGGAAAAAUUAUCCCUAGAACCGGUUUUCAUAACAAAACCGCCCUUUGAUGGCGUAGAUGAUGACUAUCUUUUGAAUAUGCAGAAAAAAACGCCGUUAAAAUCAAAAUCAAAAAAUAACAGAAAAAAGCACAAUUCUAAAUCAGCGUUGGGAAAAUACCAAAAGGAAAGUACUAAUAUUGGAAAACAAGACAGAUCUCUAAAAAAAGGGUUCCAAAAUAUUAAAUCAAAAGAAUGGAAUAACAUAAUAAAAGGCUGCGAUGAAGCUAUUGUUGCUAAAGUACAUGACGAAUUUAAAUAUAUUACAACUAAUUUAAUAACGGCAGAAACACGUAAGCUUAUUUCUAUACCAGAUUCUAACACCCGAUGCACCUGUGAAAUCUCCUGUGGUCCAGAUUGCUCAAACAUACUUAAAAAUGUUGAAUGUACACCAAAGAACUGCUCUUUCCAUGAAAAAAAUUGCGGAAAUCGUAGAUUUACGAAUAUUUCUGCUCCAAAAUUGAAGUUAGGAUUUGUUGAGGGAAAAGGAAUUGGUGCCUUCGCUACCGAAGAUAUUGAAAUAGAUGAAUUGGUAUGUGAAUAUGUUGGUGAAGUGAUUACACAUAGUGACUUCCAGAGAUCAUUAAGUAGCUGGAGCUUUGCUGAAAUUGACGAUAAUAACCAAUGUCAUUGGUACAUUAUGAAAAUACAUAAGGAUAUUUAUAUUGAUUCUACGCACCUCGGAAAUGUAGCUCGUUUCAUAAAUCAUUCAUGCGAUCCUAACUGUUCCAGCAUUCCAAUAAAUGUACGUGGAAUCUACAGAAUGGGAGUUUUUGCCCAGAGAAAGAUUAUUAAGGGUGAAGAGGUUACGUACAACUAUGGGUUUACCUCAAAGGGUGUUGGGGGUGGAUUUCAAUGUCGAUGUAAUGCUAAGAAUUGUCGUGGUAUUAUAGGAAUACAGAUUACACAUUCUCCAGAAUCUCUUAUGAACAUUGAAUCUACAAAACAUUCCGGUGCAGAAAUCGAUGUUUUAUCCCAACUGACAAGUGAUAUGGCAUCAUUAAGUAUGGCUAACAAACUUCAUUGUUUAAGACAACAACCCUCACCAAUUGAUGUAUUGAAUGGAAUUUGGACUUGUGGUGAUUUAUAUCGAUACGAUAAACUAAUUUCUAGACAGAACACUGCAAAAGGGACGAAAGAUCUAGUUUAUAAAUCACCUAACGGUACAAAUGUCUCAUUUAAUCCUCUUUCCAGCUUUUUGGCCGAUAAUAUUCAUGUAUCAGAGGCUCAAUUCAAUUAUGUAAAAUUUUUGAUGCUAAAUGGACUGUCACUUAUGGAUUAUGAGUUGGCGAAUACUAAGCAAUUUGCCACUAAUAUUCCAUGGGCUAUUGUGGCUUUAGGUAAUGAUACUUCCUACAAGGCCAUGGAAUGUAGUACUACUUUUGUUGAGUUUUGCUCUCUUGCAAAAAGAUUUAUUCAAAACACGGCAAUUGUUAUGGCGAAACAAAAAUCUGGUGAUGAAGCAUCAGAAAAUAUACAAAAUUUAAUGGAUCUUACAUGGGGAGCUACAGAGGCGUGUUUUGCUUGCGGAGGAUAUGGUGAUUGUAAAUCUUGUGAUUUUUGUGGAGACGUUCUUCACGACGACAACAAUUGUGGCGAAUUCUAUGUAAAUAGAAUUGGAAAUAAUCUGUGUUCAUGUUGUCAAAAUAGUGACCACAGAUAUAAAUGGUUAUUAUCAAAAUAUAUGGAACGAGAAAGGUGUGCUAUGGAACUAUGGGCUUUGCGUACCCAAAAGUAUAUUGAUAGACACUAUUCCGUAUUCGAUAAAGUUAUAUCAUCCGAUGGGAAUAUUGACAUAAAACCUAGUACUACAAAUUCUCGCAAUAAUAACCAAUCUGGCCAGAUAUAUAUAAAUCCAGACAGGUUAUUUUGUAGUAUAGAAGAUUACAAACUCUUCAACGAUAGUCCUAAUCAGUUUUCGGAACGACGACGUAGCGAAAAACUCUACUGCAUAGAUUCUGUUUCAAAUUUUGAAUGCUUUUGUUUAGUUUAUCACGAUAAUGAUGUAGAAUAA